CCGGCGGGGCCUGCUGGGGCCGGAGGACUGAGCCGGCUCGGGCAGGGGGAGGCAGCGCCAGAAGCAGGGUUCAUGUAAUCACAGGAGUUUCUUUGUUGUAUGUAUCUUUUCAGAACACAACAGGAUUUCAGAAUGAAUCAGAUCCCAUCAGAGCCUGCAGUAUCAGUUGAGACAUUGGCUGAUGUACCUGAACAGGUGCUGAAAGGACUUCCUGAGGAAGUGAAACUUCUUCCCUCUGCUGUUGACAAGGCACGGCUUGGUGUCUGGGCAACAAAACCAAUUUUCAAAGGCAGAAAGUUUGGACCCUUUGUUGGUGACAAGAAGAAAAGAUCUCAAGUUAAGAGCAAUGUAUACAUGUGGGAGGUCUACUACCCAAACUUGGGGUGGAUGUGUGUCGAUGCUACUGAUCCAGAGAAGGGAAACUGGCUCCGGUAUAUAAACUGGGCGCGUUCCGGAAAAGAGCAGAAUCUCUUCCCUUUGGAGAUCAACAGAACCAUUUACUACAAAACCUUAAAGCCAAUUGAGCCUGGCGAAGAGCUUUUGGUGUGGUACAAUGGGGAAGACAACCCAGAGAUAGCAGCUGCUAUUGAAGAAGAGAGAGCCAGCAACCGGAGCAAGAGGAACUCUCCGAAAGCGAAGAAAGGGAAGAAAAAAUCCCAAGAGGCAAAAAACAAAGGAAAGAAAGCAGCAAACAAAAAACAGAAGACUGUUUCAGAUAUUACUCCUGAAGAUAUGAGGGACCCUAAAGAAGGCCACAAACAGGAGGAUGCAAGUCCUUCUGUUUCAGCUGUGCUGUCUCUAGAACAGACUGCUGUGAUCCAGGAGAUGGUAAAUCAAGACACGCUUCCAAACUUAGUAAUCUCCAGUCCUGUCAGUGAGCCGCACACAAUGACUGAAGAGAAACAAGAAGCAAUAACGUGCGAAUCUGACAUUCUAGAGGAGAGGGAAGAGCUUGAGGAAAUGGAGGAGGAAGAGGAGGAGGAGGAGGAGGAGGAAGAGGAGGAGGAACAGCCAGAGGAUGAUGAUGAAGAGGAGGAGGAAGAUAUAAACUUGCCAAAAGAAAUCCCUGAGAUAGAGACCAUGUCUUUGUGUGAGGACAAGCUCGAAUCUGUGGAAGAGCAGAGCAGCAUAUCUGAAGAAUCUCCAGAAAGCUCCCCCAAGAAAAAGCCCAUGGUGAAAUUUCCUAAAGUCCAGGAGGAAUCAAAUGGCAAUAUCCAGGGAACUUUUAUGUUCCCUUGUCAGCACUGUGAGAGGAAAUUUACAACGAAGCAGGGACUCGAGCGCCACAUGCACAUCCACAUAUCGGCCAUUAGUCACGCUUUCAAAUGCCGCUAUUGUGGCAAAGCCUUCGGCACACAGAUCAAUCGGCGAAGGCACGAACGGCGCCACGAGGCCGGGCCAAAAAAGAAGCCAUCCCUAUCACUUGCUUCAGCUCCACUGUUGGACGGUGGCACUAAAAGUCGAGUGAUUGCAGAAGAUAGUGUAAAAGAGGAAACUAACACCAAGCAAGACUCGGUGUCCUUGGAGAACGAUAACAUUUCUCAAGUGAAAUCAAACCCUGUUCUUUUUGAAGAGAGCAGGGAACCCAAAGAAAUGCACCCAUGCAAAUAUUGUAGGAAGGUUUUCGGAACCCAUACCAAUAUGCGCAGGCACCAGCGUAGGGUUCAUGAGCGUCAUCUGAUCCCCAAAGGUGUCCGAAGAAAACCGGAAGAACCACAAGUUCCGGCAGAACAAACCCAGCAAGCCCAGAAUGUGUAUGUAGCCAGCACAGACUUAGAAGAGGAGGCAGAGACUGAUGAUGUGUAUAUUAUGGACGUUUCCAGCAAUAUAUCUGAAAAUCUCAAUUACUAUAUUGAUGGCAAGAUCCAGUCCAACAGUAGCACAAGCAAUUGUGAAGUGAUCGAGGUGGAGUCCAGCUCAGCAGAGCUCUACGGAAUAAACUGUUUACUUAGUCCCGUAACGGUGGAAAUAUCCUCAAAUGUGAAGGCCACGCAAACACAUCUGACCGAUGUACCGAAAGAAUCCCCAGUCAUUAGUAACAGUGAACCUAAAAAGCGGAGGACCGCAAGUCCCCCUCUCCUCCCGAAGAUAAAAACAGAAAUGGAGCCGGAGCCGAUAACAUCACUGUGCUCGCUGACGAUUCCUCUUACUAUAUCAACCACUGAUGGCUUAUCUUUUCCCAAAGAGAAAAGUAUUUUCUUAUCGUCAAAGCUGAAGCAGCUUCUCCAGACUCAGGACAAUAAUAAGGUAGUUCCGUCCCCGCCAUCGUCAUCAACUGAAAUCCCCAAGUUGGGACUUCCGGCCUCAUCUCCACUUCCUCUGUCCACAGCCUCAAGCAGGUUCAAAAGGAGAACCAGCUCUCCUCCCAGUUCUCCCCAGCACAGUCCAGCUCUACGGGACUUUGGCAAAGCAAGUGAGGGGAAACCCAUUUGGAAUGAUGCGGCACUAGGGUCAAAAAUGCCCAAGGUAGAAAACCAUAACAAUUCUCCUGUCUGGAGCUUGUCAGGAAGGGAAGAAAAAGAGACCAUGAGCCCCCUUUGCGUAGAAGAAUAUAAAGCAUCAAAGGAUUGGAUGGUCAGUCCUCCGUUCGGCAAUGUAUGCAACCAGCAGCCUUUGGAUUUAUCCAGCAGCGUCAAGCAAAGGUCAAAUUGCAAGAACAGGACCCAGGUUCCUUGGGAAUCGGUGUUAGAUCUUAGUGUGCAUAAAAAGCCUUCUGCCGAUGCCGAGUCCAAGGAUGCAAAGGAGGGUAACUUGGUACAGCCGGCAGGUAGUAGCAUUAAGAAGAAGCCAACCACAUCCAUGCUACAGAAAGUUCUGCUGAACGAAUACAACGGGACUGAUUCAGCCUUGGAAAAUUCAGCAGCUGAAACGAAUCCCAGCCAGAGUGUUGGCAAAUCCACCGAAGCUCCUCCAGGUCCCGUUCUCCAUGCUGGAGUCCAUGUGCCAGCUUCUGAGUUGGGUUCCUGUAGCCCUUCUGCCGAGAAAACUGUACCUCCGGCAUCCACUGUUUCUUCAUGUCAGCUCCCUCCUCUCCUGACUCCCACAAAUUCUCCUUCCCCACCACCCUGCCCCCCUAUGUUAAAGGUUCCCACUCCACCCCCUCCUCUGCUUCCUACCGUCCCUUCACCACUCCCAGAAGAACAUGCUAGCGCCACUCCUAGUUCAUGUCCUUCUCCCCUGUCCAAUGCUACUGCUCAGUCCCCUCUUCCAAUCCUUUCUCCUACUGUCUCAGCAUCACCAGUACCCUCUGUAGAACCUCUUAGUUGUGCUUCACCUGGGCCUCCCAAUCUCUCCUCGUCAUCCUCCUCCUCCUCUUUCUCUUCCUCCUCCUCCUCCCCUUCUUCUUCCUCUUCUUCCUCCUCUUCUCCUUCCCCUCCUCCCCUUUCUGCAGUUUCUUCAAUCCUUUCCUCAGGUGAUAAUGUAGAAAACUCCGUUCCCAUCAUGUCUUUUAAGCAAGAGGACAUGGAGAAUGAACUUCAGCAGCCCAGGGAAGACCCACAUGGUUCCAACGAAACGGAUCUCGUUCAGGAAACCUUUAACAAGAACUUUGUGUGCAAUGUCUGUGAGUCUCCUUUCCUCUCUAUUAAAGAUCUAACUAAGCACCUAUCCAUUCACGCUGAGGAUUGGCCGUUCAAAUGUGAAUUCUGUGUACAGCUUUUUAGGGAUAAAGCAGACUUGUCCGAGCAUCGCUUUUUGCUCCACGGAGUCGGGAACAUUUUUGUUUGCUCUGUCUGCAAGAAAGAAUUUGCCUUUUUAUGCAAUUUGCAACAGCACCAGCGAGAUCUCCACCCUGACAAAGAAUGCUCCCACCAUGAAUUUGAAAGCGGGACUCUACGGCCACAGAACUUUACAGAUCCUAGUAAGGCAAACAUUGACCAUAUGCACAUUUUACCCAAUGAUUCCACUGACCCAACUAAGGAAGAGGAGGAAGAUGAAGAACUCAAUGACUCUUCUGAAGAGCUUUAUACCACCAUCAAAAUAAUGGCUUCGGGGGUCAAAUCUAAAGAUCCCGAUGUCCGUAUGGGGCUCAAUCAGCACUACCCGAGUUUUAAACCCCCUCCAUUCCAGUAUCACCAUCGCAAUCCUAAUGGGAUUGGAGUCACUGCCACAAACUUCACCACUCACAAUAUUCCGCAAACUUUCACCACUGCCAUCCGCUGCACAAAGUGUGGGAAGAGCGUGGACAACAUGCCCGAAUUGCACAAACACAUCUUAGCGUGCGCUUCAGCCAGCGACAAGAAACGGUAUACGCCGAAAAAGAAUCCAGUGCCGUUAAAACAAACAGUACGCCCCAAAAAUGGAGUCAUCCUUCCGGGUCCUGCAAGCAAUGCUUUCAGGCGCAUGGGUCAACCCAAAAGACUCAGUUUCAGUGUUGAGAUGAGCAGAAUGUCAUCCAACAAACUUAAGCUAAGCGCCCUGAAGAGGAAGAACCAACUUGUCCAGAAAGCAAUAUUGCAGAAGAAGAAGUCUCAGCAGAAGGCGGAACUGAGGAACAGCACAGUAGAGCCCAGCGCUCACAUCUGCCCCUAUUGCAACAGAGAAUUCACGUACAUUGGAAGUUUGAACAAGCAUGCCUCCUACAGCUGUCCCAAAAAACCAAUUUCCCCAUCCUCUAAAAAAAACACUAAAAAGAAGAGCCCCACUUCCUCCUCCAGCAGUGACAAAAGUGGAAACCAGCGCAGACGGACAGCAGACGCAGAGAUCAAGAUGCAAAGCUCGCAGGCUCACUUGGGCAAGACUAGAGCUCGGAGCUCUGGACCCGCACCAGUUCAGCUGCCAUCAGCAUCCUUCAAACUGAAGCAAAAUGUUAAAUUUGUACCGCCUGUUCGGUCCAAAAAACCAGGCAUGACCUUGGCAGCCAGGAACGGCAGCCCCGUCAGAGUGGCCAAAGUGACUUUGGCAGAUGGCAAAAAAGCAAAAGGGAUCUCGAAGAACGGUUCCUCUGGACUCUCAAGCAAAACGUCCCGCAAACUGCAUGUCCGAAUACAACGGAACAAAGUGGCCCUGGCCAGCAAGUCGUCGUCAUCGAGCAAAAAAAAGGCCAGUCGAUUUAACACGAAGUCGAGAGAAAGGACCGGAGGACCCGUCACCCGGAGCUUGCAGCAGGCAAGCAGUGCAGACUUCCCAGAGAACAAGAAGGAAGAAACUAGCACAAAGCAGGAGUUAAAAGAUUUCAGGAACCUCCUGUAGCAGUAAAACAGACUUUUGAAAGGAAGUUCCUAACCGGCGAAGCUUGAGGCGUUCCGCACUCGGCUUCAGCAGGCAAGCGCUGCGGCCACAGCAGCCCAAUAAGCCAGGAUUGCAAGAACAAGCCAGAGCCGACCACUCCUCCCCUUCCAAGGCAGCAGAGACUGCUCAGGCCGGAGCUGUGUCUGGCCACGCUAAAGGAGUACUUGGCUGCAGAGAGAGAGAAAGAGAGAGGGAACACGGUGUCCCACCCCAUCUAAAAAAAAUUUUCUGCCAAGGAAGUUCAACGAGCGAAACUUGAGUGGAUCUUGCUACAGAUUCCAUAGCUCGUGCUUCCACUUGUUGCUUUUUUUUCCUGAUGGAAGAGCAUGGGAAAGCGUGAAGAAUGGUGUAUCCCCCAGAGUAUGCAAAACCAGCUCCUUCUCUCCUCGGAAGCUCCCAGUAUGUUCCAGGAUGACACAUUAACUGCACUAAAAAAAAAAAGUGGGGUGGUUGUUGGGGGGUUUUUUUGGUUGCACAUCAAGUCACUGAAAAGCCUUUGUGUUUUAAACCGCAAGAACGUUUGCAUGGAGGAAACUUCCUCGUCUCCAAACUCUUCCACCGGCAAGUGCCAGGGUAGAGUUAGAUUGGGAACCAGACCUGGACGUUGCUGUAACUUUCCCCAAGGAUGUGGGGAUGCCGGAAGGGGCGGGGCGGGGGGAAGAGAGAUUUGUUUAGCCUGCCUCAUGGCCUCCAUUUCUGAAAUCUCUAAAAGCAGAUGUUGUCAGCAGGUUAUUUGUUAAGGAACUGUUCACCGUAUAAAACAUGUAUAGCACAACGAGUCUACACAGAUGAAAUGAUCGUUGAAUUGGCGGAUGUAUCUGUACCUAAUAACUUAAGAGCUACAAAUUUUUCCUAGUUGGUAAGCAAGAUUUACUUUCUGGAAAUUUAAUAGUUUUCACACACCUUUUUGAGUGAACUAGACAUCAAUCCAGUUGGCGAAGAAAAGCAGCUAGUUUUAUUUGUGCUCCCCCCACCACCAUUUUUACUUUAUCGUAUUUUAUUUGUUCUUGACUUUUAAAAAAAGUAAUCUACCUCUUAAAAUUUGUAGUUUUUAAUAUUGUUUGGUGAAUUUGUGCCACUUUAACACCCAUCCUUUUCAUUAUCAUUCCCUAGGGGUUUGGGGUUUUUUUUUCUGUUUAUGAUUAAGAUUUUUUUUUUUGGUUCAUGGGGACUCUUAUGUCAAACUAUUGUAUAAAGCAUUUGUAGCAAGUUUGAAAAAAAUAAAAUAUUUAAAAUUA